AUGCACAUAAAGAAGAUCGAGAUUGAAGGGUUCAAAUCGUAUGUGCGAAAGACGACAGUUGAUGAAUUUGACACACAAUUUAACGCAAUCACUGGUCUCAAUGGAACGGGAAAAUCGAACAUUCUCGACUCAAUCUGCUUUGUCUUGGGAAUCACUAAUCUGUCAUGUAUUCGAGCACAACAAUUGAUUGAUCUCGUCUAUAAACAAGGUCAAGCAGGCGUGAACAAAGCUGUUGUGAGUAUCUACUUCGACAAUUCCGACAAGAAAGUUUCACCUAUUGGAUAUCACGCUUUUGAUGAAAUCAUUGUCCGUCGCCAGAUUAUUGUAAAUGGACGCAAUACUUACACGAUCAAUGGAAUAUCAAAUCCUCAAAACAAGGUGGCUGAUUUCUUCCGUUCGGUUGGUCUCAAUGUAAACAAUCCUCAUUUCCUCAUCAUGCAAGGACGUAUCACAAAAGUUUUGAACAUGAAGCCACAUGAGAUUCUUGCUAUGCUUGAAGAGGCUGCUGGAACAAAAAUUUACGAUGCAAAACGUGACGCGGCUCUGGAAAUUAUACAGAAGAAGGAAAACAAGAUUAACGAGAUUAACCAACUUCUUGACAAAGAUAUUCUUCCAACUCUUGAGAAGCUCAGGAAUGAUCGUGAAAUUUUCAUCGAGUAUCAAAAACUAGACACGAAAAUCAUGGAGAAAGAACGUCGCCUGAAUGCCUUCGUCUAUUAUCAUAGCAAGAACGAAGAAAAACUUUCAUUGGAGCAAGUUGAAGAGAUGAUCAGAAAGAUUGAUGCUUCGCGCCAAAAGGAUGAAGAAUUAAAAGAAGCCAUCGUGGAAUUGGAGGCUGAAUACAAAGUACUCGAGGAUGCGAGGAGCGCUAAAGACAAAGAUGAAGAUGUGCAAAUGACGGAGAGAGCUGCCGCUGUUAACAAGGAGCUGGCCAAAAUAGAAAGUGAUCGUGACACCCUGAAAGCCGAACAAAAGCGAGGUGCUAGUGAGAUCAAAAGAUUGGAAAAGGCCAAUGCUCAAGAUACAGCCGAUAUGGAAAAGAAACGUCGAGAACUUAUUGAGCUUGAAGGCGAAGGAAGCCAAGAACAAAAAAUGAAUGAGGCUGAAGAACGAGCAGAGAAAGCCCGAACUCAUCUCGCGGCAGUGAUGCAAGGAAUGACCACCGAUCAAGAGGGAAAUGCAAUCACCGUUGAAGCGCAGAUUAAUCAGACAAAGGAACGACUCUCAAAGUUGACAACAGACCUUAAGAAAGAUCAAACACGUGAGAAGCAGUUGCGCCCGGAGCUUGAUGAGAAGCGAAAAGAAGUGGCCUCUAUGAGUAAACAAGUGAGCGACAAAGGCGAUGAAUUGGACAGCCUUCUAAAGGAAAAGACUAAAUUGGAGAAGACGCUGGGUGGGCUAUCUUUUGAUGAAAAUCAAUAUGAUGUUAUCAACCAACGACAUCAAAGAAUCGUCUUCGACAAGCAACAAGGCGAGAAUCGAUUGAAAGACGCUCUCAAUAGAAAUGGUCAUCUGAACUUCCAGUACAAUCGACAAAAUUUGCCUGCCUCUUUUGAUCCAUCAAAGGUAAUGGGUUACACGGUACGUCAUUUUGUGCCCAAUGAGGACAGGUUCAACUUGGCAUUAGAAGUUGCUGGUGGUGCUCGGGACUCA